AUGUACGACCACCGAAGCCUUCCUAAAGAAAUAUGGCUUGAAAUAUUUGAAUGGGCUACCUAUAAUUCUAGCUUUCCCCAGGAUCAUCAUGCUCCCUUCCGCGAUGUUCCUCACCACGGCGAUGACUCUGAUCUACCAGUUAGGGCCAGUCUUUCUGGGAUAAGGCCUGGUGCACAUGCUCUCAAACGUGCUCUAGAAGUGCGCCAACCAUCAGGUCGCAGCUACGGAGAAUCGGUCCAACGCGUGGUUCUUCCAUAUCAAAGCACUGUGCCGACAUGCUUUCCUCUAUCACUCGAAAUUCUCGGAUUAUGUUCAUAUCUCCACACUCUUAUUCGCCCCCAACGCUCGGUCUUUGAUGGUCUCAAUUUUGAUAACGAGGUCAUGGGAGUGUCUCUACCUUCACUGCAACAUCUUGAAUGGUGGCAUAGCAACGAAGCUGAACGAUCGGGUGGCAUCAACUCGCUCGGUGCUGUGCUUCGUGGUGCGCCAAACAUACACUAUCUUUUUAUUGGCGGCGUCGUCGGUACAACCACCACUUUGCAGGAAAGACAGAACAUUAUUCUACCGCAUCUACGUAUUCUACGCUUAUACAUCAGGAGUGGGCUGUUUCUUCGACAAAUAAUCACCCGCUGGUCCUUACCUUCUUUGACUCACCUCGUUUUGGAUUCACCUCCAGUUAAAGAUGGUCUUCAAGAAGUAUGGGAGGUACUUGGUGACCGUCUCGAAACUGUAGAAUUUGGAAAGCACGUUCGCUUUUGGAUGAACGAUUGUCUAACACCAUGCUUAAAAGGCUGUCCUAAUUUGAAGGAGCUGAACUACUACCUUUUUUUCACUGCCCCACCGGAGUCAACGUAUGUUCAUUCAAAUCUUACAACGAUCGGACUUCAUCCACACGUGAACGCAUUGCUUGACGAUGGAAACUCUAUAUGGACCUUGAUAGACCAACAUUUUGAAAUUCUUUGUGGUGUCAGCUUACCUGGGCUGCAAAGGGUUGUCCUUCACGGAGAUUGGGGUAUUCUUCGUCAUCCUCGGUUUGCUGCUAUUCAAGAAAAUCUUAGGAAUAGCGGUAGAGAAUUGCAGCUGUCUGAGCAGACUCAAAUGCGGUUGAUUUAG